GCCAGUUGACCGCGAGACGGCGUGGAGGGUGGCGGGUGAGGGGAGCUGUGCUUGUGUGAGAUAGAGUGAUACGAACAGAAGGCGAGAGUACGAAGGAGCUCGGGGUGUUCACCCUGGCUUUCUUGGAUCCCUCCUCGAACAGCACGGCUGCCUACGAACAACACGAGAUAGAAAACAUGACGUGCAAUAAGUAGCAACGAAUAACCAAAAGAGCCGAAAGAUCUAAAAAAAAGAGCUCAAAAGCAGACAUCUUGUGAUUCUGAGAGAGGCUCAUAUUUUCUGUGCUUGAUCCGUCCAGGGUCAAUUUGCAAUCAUGAAGGUUCAAGAUGCUCUUGAAAUUAUGUCACAGCGCAAACGCUUUCAUGUGAUAGUGUUUGCUCUGCUGGCGCUCAACUUCAUGUUUAUUCCUAUCCACAUUUUUGUGGAUCUGUUUUUGAGCUAUGAGCCGAAGCACUACUGUGCCUACCCUCAAGGAGGGUCCAAAUACCAGUGGAUUCCGUACAAUCACGAGACUCAUGCUUUCGAGUCGUGCGCCAUCUAUGAGGAACCGCUAACGAAAGAAAUGGAAAAGGCAGAGAAGAAAAGGAUUGAGGAGGAGGGCUACCAUAAGGAUGUAAAAGUGUGGGAUUGGAAGGCGCUCAAGUUCAAGAGCAAACACUACGACCACGACACUCACUCGGAGCACUAUCACGACGACGAGUCUGAGAACGGCACCGAAUCCCAGGAGGACGGCUACACGGGCUACGCGACGACCUCCGAGGACCACCACCGGAGGCGGAGGGAACAACCACCACCGGCUGAUACACCGUCAGACACGGCCGGGCACAGGUUUGUGACCGAAGACGGCCGUCUUCUGGAGCCUUCGGAGAUUCCUGGCGAGGCGCUGGGGGUGCCAGAUGGGGAGGAGGAGGUCACAGAGGGGUCGCCAAACUCGGCGGAUGUCCCAGAGACUGUCACUGAGGUGCCGAAGAAUGUUGGAGUGACUACGCUGAACCCCGAAGAAGGUGAUGAUAGUGAGAUGGCCACCUUUCCAGCACCGACUAGCAGUGAGGUCAGGACCGAAGCUCCGCUUGACGAGCAUGCUGAGUCUACUGAUCAUCCUGACGAAGAUCACAAUGAUCACGAUGAUGGCGAUCAUCACGACGAGGAGAUCAUCGUUCACAGUUUCAACAGUGCUUACAGCGAUCGCUCCAUUCUUGGGUCGGGUGUAACAGGCUCACGCGCUCCCGAGUAUGAUACCCAGGAGUCGGAGCCAGGUGGAGAAGACCUCACCGAUGCUAAAAGCGACGAACGUUUCGAGCCCGAUGGCAAAGACAACACAAACCAUCCGAAUGCUUCACCAGAACAGCUGGCGCCGCUGAACAGUGAGUCAGGAAGUCACGGUGCUCACGACAGUGACCCUGACAGUGAUAGUGAUGGUGGCCUUGCGAGCCCACAUGGUGACAAACAUGAGGACCAGCAUGGUGAUACCCAUGAUGCGCAAAGUGAUAAUCAUGAUAAGGGUGGCCCGGCUGAUCGCGAGCACGGUGUUGACAGUAACAGUGAUUCUCACGCACGGGAGAGUGACAAUCACGACAGUUCUAACCACAGUGAACGUCAGGCAGACAAUCACGCCAAAAAUCACGACGACAAACACAAGACGGGUGCUUCCUCCAAAGACAAGGGCAAACACUCGUCGUACGGUCACUACGGCAAGAAGAAGCCUCUGCAUCGGACCAUAGAAUGCGAGCACGGCAUCCACUACCUCGCCGAUGUCGGCACGACCCUCAUCACAGAAUACGGCCUCUCCUGCGGUAAUGACGUCUCAGUGAUUACCAACACGGUGCUGGGGACUGCCAUGGUGGCCGGCGCCAUCAUAUUCGCUCCGUUUGUGGACAAGUACGGAAGGAAGACGCUGUUCAUGAUGGUAUGCUGCCAGAACUGUCUCAUUUCUCUCGGAAUAGCCUUCGUGCGAGAUAUUCGCUCCUACUGGGUGCUGCGUUUUCUGUCCCGCUUCUACAUAGAGGGUGUGGAGAUCGCCCUGCUCGUGCUGGCCGUGGAGAUGGCGCCCUCCAAGUCUCGCCCGAUCGCGCCACUCAUCCUAUACGUGGCCUACGCCAUCGGCCAGAUCCUGCUGAGCCUGCAGGCCAUGCUGUUCCGCUCCUGGUGGAAGCUGCAGCUGGCCAUCAGCGUGGAGAGCAUCCUGCUCAUACCCUUCUCGUGGUUCCUGAUGCCGGAAUCGAUCCAGUGGCUGGUCUCGAUGAGACGACACCAAGAAGCUGAGAAGCUGAUCCGUCUCGGGUCCAGACUGAACGGUAUCAUCCUUCCCAGCGACUUCAAACUGGACAAGGCUGAUCAUGAUGACGGCGAAGGUAGCGACGAUGAGGCCACAGGGAACGGUCACGGCCCUCCCCGUCGCUCGGCCGCCGAGCGGCUGCGCUCCACACAGCUGAACCUCAAGAACCGACCAGGAACGGGCGAGUACCUCCAGCACGAGUUCCACGCGCACAUCGGCGAGUGGAGGAAGAUCCUGGAUCUGAUGAAGAACCACCAGUUGAGGAGGCACUUCUUCAUCGUCUCUUAUAUGUGGGCUAUCGUGGGUUUUCUGUACUACGGCCUGACGGCCAGCACUAUGGUGAUGAAAGGCAACGUGUACCUCAACUACUGCCUCUCCGGUCUGGUGAUGGUACCCGCCUCGGUGUCCAUCUUCAUCCUCAGAAGGUUCGGGCGAAAGAAGCCCAUAUUCUACUUUCUGAUCGGAGCGGGCAUUUUCAUCAUUCUCUCCGUCACAUGUCCGUACAAAACACCGGAUGGGGUGGACAUGUACCCCGUGUAUCUGGCUAUCAAGCUGAUGGCCAAGUACUGUGUCGUCUCCUGUCUCAUCUCGAUCCGUCUUCUCAUCAUCGAGUUGUUCCCGACGCCGGUCAGAGGCACCCUCAUCGGUCUGACAGCCCUCAUCGGUCUUCUCGGCUCGGCCCUCGGCUACUACUUCUUAGAGCUGGUCACCUUCAGCAAGUGGGUGGGCGUGGUGGUAGGCGCCCUGACGAUUCUGGCCGCCAUCCUCUCUCGGAUGCUCCCGGAGACUUCGCACCGCCCUCUGCCUGACACCAUCAACGACAUGAUGGCCGCCUGCCGCGAGAUGUUCCUCAACCUGCUAGUGGCCAUGCCGAACGUCCCUCGCCCGGAGCCGCCACCGCCCGUCACCCAGCCAAGACCGAAACGCAACAUGUCGGCGCUGUCCGCCUUCUCAGCAGUGCUCAGUUGGAAGUCCCGCUCCAAGUCGGGCGGAGGUAGCAGCAGCGAGGGGCCCGUUAGGUCCAUGUCAGAUGAGGACUUCAAGCGGGCGCCUCACCCGCCGCUGAGCUCUAUGACCUCCUCUCCGCUGCCUCGCGCUGAUGGUGAGGUGGCUGAACGGCCGGCACCAGCGCUGCGCUCGCUCGUACAGAGAGUGAAAGAGUCUCAACCGCACCGUCCGUCCCUGAGGGAGCGCAUGUCGCGCGCGCUCUCCCAGAAGAGACCAGAGAGCGGUAAGCUGAAUGUGGAAGCCAGGAUGGUGCGUCGUACCUCGUCGACGCCCUCGCUAGCGUCUGCAGCGCGUCGCUGCGGCAUCGACAACCCGCAGUUCGAGCAGGAGCCACCAACCGUGUCGUUUGAUCUGGUCAGGGCAGACUCUCAGGGUCUGUCGUCGAAUGGCCUCGAGGACCCGAGGUCGAGUGAGCGCGAUGCGGCGCAGAGUGACGUGGAACAGGGACACGUUGAGCAGUCGGAUCCAGAGGCGUCUGAGUCUCCCGGCAAAACACAGGCCACCACUCAUUUCUAGCGAGUGUUCGCCGGUGGCUCACGAUCGGUGAGCUCGUAUAGACUCGCAUUUUGAGGUGAUGCGAAUGAGCCGCUUUUAGUGAGGCCGUGCGCGUCUAGCAGACAGCCAGUCCAAUAAUGUAGUGAGUGAUAUGUGGUCCAACUCAUCCGAGGGUAGCCUUUCAGAUCUUCCAUGAUAGUUCGCCAUGUCGAUAAGCGCAAGGUCGGCGCUAUUUUAGAGAUGUUAUUGUAUUCGUUUAAACGGAGACUGUGUGUGUACUGUGUACUCGAGAUGUGUGAUUGAUGAGUGGAAUGUGGGUUUAAGAUACAAAUGUGAGAGCGAUGCCGCCAAAUCACCAGGGUGAUGCGGCGAGAUAGAUGCCGUAUAUAAAACAGCUAUCUAGUGAGUGCCAAGGGAUUCCAUUGUUGUUGACAUUACAUCCAUCCAGCAGCUGUUCGUAUGCACAUAGUCGUAAGAGAUAGACAAUAAUAAACAGAGAUCGAGAUCGAGCUGA